GGCUAAUCAAUCGAUAGUCAAGUGUCAAACUCAAUAAAAUAACAUACUCCACCGCCAAUGUUUCCCACGACCUCUCUAAUUAUUCGAGGUAUUUCUGCAUUUACCUCGCGAACAGCACGAGCGCUGCACACAUCUCAGCUAGCCAUGGCACCAAUAAAGGUUGGAGACAACUUACCGGUGGCGGAUCUUUUUGAGGAUUCACCAGCGAAUAAAGUAAAUACGUGCGAAUUGGGUUCAGGAAAGAAGAUUGUAUUGUUCGCCGUGCCCGGUGCCUUCACUCCGGGCUGCUCUAAGACACACUUGCCUGGCUACGUGCAAAAUGCCGACAAAAUGAAGGCCGAAGGAGUUGAUGAGAUCGUGUGCGUCUCCGUUAACGAUCCUUAUGUGAUGGCUGCAUGGGGGGCUCAACACAAUACUAAAGGAAAGAUCCGUAUGCUAGCUGACCCUAAUGGCACAUUCAUCAAAGCCCUGGACCUUGGAACUAACCUUCCUCCACUUGGCGGUUUCCGUUCUAAGCGAUUCUCUAUGGUCCUCAAUGACAACAAAGUUGAACAGCUGAAUGUUGAGCCAGAUGGCACUGGUCUUUCAUGUUCCCUUGCGGAUAAACUUAAGGUUAAGAAGUAAAAAAUUGAGCAUUUCUUACUGGCCGUUGAAGUAAAAAUAUAGUUUUUGUUUCAGCGGUCAUACUCUCUUGUGACUGUAAUACACACCUAUAGCUUUAAACAGGUCGUAGACCAUUAGAGCACUCAUUUGUGAUACUUUCAAUAAACAUGUCAAUCCUAAA